CCCCCAAAACCAGCCCCAAUCGACACCCACGUAAUAUUUUUCAUUUCAUCUUGGUUCUCUAAUUAAUAGCGAACAAUUUCAGCCUAAAAUUAACCCUGUGGGGCCCCAUUCAGUCCUAAUCAUCAAAUUUUGCAAUGAGUUAUAUUGAUUUACAAUCAGCCGAAGUUCUAGAAGUCCAAACGUCUCAAGACUCUCCCAAAGACAAUACAAAUACAGAAUUAUCAACAAACGGGCCCGAAGAAGAAAACUACAAUGAACACUCCAAUUUACCUUUCCAAGAAUUGUUGAAAAUGCAUACAAAGCAAACAGUGUGGGGUUUCGAAUACGGACAAAAUAUCAGAGAAAGCGCCAUGGCCAGAGAUAAGAAUUUGCAAGAAAGUAGCGAGAAAAAAGGGGACAGCGAAUCAGAAAGUAAUACAGAUACAGAAAAACCAUCAGACAAAUGCCUCUCAGAACCCGGUCCUUCUACCUCCAAAAUAUGCACCACUGAAAAAGACCACAAGACGCCACAUUCGCGAAAAGAAGGCAGGAGUGCGAGGACUAGAACCAGUAAAAGAAAAAAUAGUACCAAACAAGAUUUUGGGUCGCCAAGGAAAACGCGGCGGGUACCUUUACCUUUGCUGAACUGGGCUGAUAGCAAAGAAGUUUGGAUGUAUAUGGUAUAUAAAGAAGAAGCAUCUUUGAACCUUAGAAAUCCCCGUUUAUUUGAAGACUUCACAAACUUCAUACCUCGUAUGAGAGCGAUUUUACUAGACUGGGUAAUGGAGGUGUGCGAAGUUUACCACUUAAGACGCGUCACUUAUUACCACACUGUAGAUUACUUUGAUAGAUUUUUGUCCUUAAGGCCUGACGUGCCUAAAAGCCAAUUGCAAUUAGUCGGUAUCACUUGCCUUUUCAUUGCUUCUAAACUCGAAGAAAUUUUUCCUCCACACUUGAAUGAAUUUUCUUACGUCUGCGAUGGGGCUUGUAGCACUGAAGACAUUUUAAAUUGCGAACUGUUGAUUUUGAAUAGCCUAGGAUGGGAUUUGAAUGUGAUGACUCCGAGUUGCUGGUUGAAUUUGUAUAUGCAAAUUCAUUUCCAGGCUCCAACUGUAAUAAAAAGAAGACUCCAUCAAGAUACCACUAGAGAUUUCCUGUUUCCACAAUACUCUGGCUAUCAAUUUACAAGAGCCUCACAAAUGAUAGACGCAUUCAGCCUUGAUCCCGGUUUCUUGAAAUUUUCUUACAGUACUCUUGCAGCUGCUGCCAUGUAUUUUAUGUACGGAAAACAGGUGGCGCUAGAAGUAUCGGGAUUUGCUUGGGAACAAUUGCAACCUUGUGCAGAAUAUAUGGCCGCAUUUUAUCUUGUACUCCGAGAUACACCAGAUCCUAGAUUGAUGAGUUGUAAAUCUGACGUACCACAAGAAGAACAUGGGCAGCCUCAUUUGGCCAGCUUGAAGUAUCGGGUACCCAAUUUGAUAAAAGAUGAAAAUCACAGUUUACAAACUCAUGUGGUUAAUAUGGAAUAUUUUGAAAAAUCUGCUAUUCUCAGACUAGAACAAAUGGGCCUUAAAGUAGAACGCACCUACGUAAACAAAAACAAACAGCCCCAAUCAGAACUAGAAGAAACAUCAGACGACACCAAAGAAAAUCGACCAGACAAUCAAGAAACCGAAGAAGACUUAGUGUGCAUGUACGACGUGGAAAAAGUAUCUUGCGAUGCAGUAGCCUUGGACGAUUCAGACAUUGACAUUUCAAAUCUUUCCUCCCCCGACGUUGAUCUGAUUUUAGCCGAUGACAAAGCUCUGUUGAGUUUCGAUGAAAUUUUAGACGGAAUCGUCAAGUGUAAUCAAAAAAAUAUUCCAGUUCAGACACCGUCGCCUACUAAAGCCUUAUUGGAUGAAGCCCUUCAAAGGUUGGAUUAGCUAAAGUUAAUGAAUAGUUUUUUUUAAUUCAGAUAUUAGGCAUUGACAAAGAUAUAUUUGUCAUUGCUUAAUAUUAUUGGCCAGUAUUUAAACUGGCAUCUGAAUGUCUUACCAAGCUAAUCUUUGGUAAAGAGUGUAAUGUGAUACAGAUUGCAUUUUUUUUACAAAAAUACUGUUAUGUGCGAAUGGAAGGAAUAUUUGAUUUUAUUUUUUGUGCAUUUUUGGUUCAGUUUACUUUGACACGGGUUUAUUUUUUCGUACAGUUCAAAUAGGUUUAGGUUUUAUGCUGGAUUUUUCAGCGUUUUCAAUUAAAAAUGUUCAAAUGAAAAAAAAUAAUAAUUCUUGAAUCAGUUAUAUGAUUUGUUAAAUGCUUUAAUACUUAAUAAGGAAGAGUGCCCGAUUUAAUUUCAGGUUUCGGAUAUUAUGUUUACCUACUGUAGAUAGAAAAAUAAAUUUAAAAAAAAAACUAAAAUUUUGGAUUUCGUUUAGAUAGUAAAAAUAUAUUUUAUAUAGUUGAUUAUUAGGGUUAAUUGUCCAAUUUGAUACGCUUCUUUGCUUCCAAACAGGAAAAUAAUUAAAAAUUAUUUAUUUUAGACAAAUUUUCUUGGGCUUUGACUUACUUAAUUUUUCUUUUUUUUUGUGUGUACAAACCUAACUUUAUAAGACUGCCUCUUAUUGUCAGUAGCUUAAUUCCUAUUUAUUCUAGUAAAUUUUGCGAUUGUCGUGUCCUUUUAGUAAAAUUCUUUUGAAUUUAUACAGACACAUAACUACUUUGAAUGAUCUCAAACAAAUCCCAAUUAUUUAAUGGGUGAGAUCUGAGGCGAACUUUUUAAACAACAAUAAUUUUUCAAGCUGCUAUUAUGAAGGAUAUUUUAAUGUUUCUUGUUAUGCAUAUUUGUUUUUUUUUUCUUCUAUGGUCUGUUUAGAAAGCUUCGUUAAAGAUAUUUGCAUAUUUUUCAUAUACAUAAUGAAUUAUUUUUAUCUUCACUGUGAGAUAAUUUUGUAUAUAGCAGAUUUUAAAUAAAUAUUUUAUUCCUAA